CAGACAACAAGGAAUUUGACAAAGAUGGAGCGCACUAACUUCGAAACUCUAAUUACCAUACAUGUACAUCAACGGGAUAUUUUUGACAUACUGUGUCGCAUGAAUAUUAAGUCGGCAAACGACUUUGAGUGGCUGAAGCAGUGCCGUUUCUAUUUCAAAGAAGACCUGGAUAAAACCUGGAUUUCCGUGACGGACGUUACUUUUACUUAUCAAAAUGAGUACCUGGGCUGUACAGAUCGUUUGGUGAUCACGCCGUUAACAGAUCGCUGCUACAUCACGCUUGCCCAGGCGCUUACCCUGAGCAUGGGCGGGGCGCCAUGUGGACCGGCGGGUACGGGCAAAACGGAGACUGUUAAGGACAUGGGCAAGACGCUGGCUAAAUACGUGGUUGUAUUUAAUUGCUCCGACCAAAUGGAUUACAGAGGCUUGGGCCGCAUUUACAAGGGUUUAUCACAGUCCGGCACCUGGGGCUGUUUCGACGAAUUCAACCGCAUCGAACUUCCGGUGUUGUCGGUGGCGGCGCAACAAGUUGCCGUUGUACUGACGGCCAAGAAGGAGAAAAAGAAAACAUUUAUCUUCACCGAUGGCGAUACGAUUGAGAUGAAUCCUGAAUUUGGCAUUUUUAUAACAAUGAAUCCCGGUUAUGCUGGCCGUAAAGAGCUGCCUGAAAAUUUAAAAAUACAAUUUCGCACUGUUGCUAUGAUGGUGCCAGACAGACAAAUAAUUAUACGCGUCAAAUUGGCGUCCUGUGGCUUUUUGGAAAAUAUCACUUUGGCGCGCAAAUUCUAUACACUUUACAAAUUGUGCGAGGAGCAGCUGACCAAGCAAGUGCACUAUGAUUUCGGCUUGCGGAAUAUACUAUCGGUGCUCCGUACGCUAGGCGCCGCUAAGCGAAGGAACUCAAAGGAUGGCGAGAGUACGAUUGUGAUGCGGGUCCUGCGCGAUAUGAACCUCUCGAAGCUGAUCGACGAAGACGAACCACUAUUCAUGUCGCUGGUGUCGGAUUUGUUUCCCAAUCAGACGCUCGAAAAGACCAAUUAUCCAGAGCUGGAGGCAGCAAUUGCACAGCAAACUGAAGAGGCGAAUUUGGUUUACCAUCCUCCAUGGGUUCUUAAGCUAAUACAACUCUACGAGACUCAAACUGUCCGACAUGGCAUCAUGACUUUGGGUCCGAGUGGCGCCGGUAAGACCACUUGCAUCCACACUCUAAUGAAGGCGCUCACCCAAAUGGGCGAUAAUCAUCGCGAGAUGCGCAUGAAUCCCAAGGCUAUAACGGCUGCACAAAUGUUUGGACGCUUGGACGUGGCUACCAACGAUUGGACUGACGGCAUAUUCUCGGCGCUAUGGCGGAAGACGCUGAAGCUGAAAAGUGGCGAGCAUGUUUGGCUCGUACUGGACGGACCGGUCGACAGCAUUUGGAUUGAGAAUCUGAAUUCAGUGCUUGAUGAUAACAAAACAUUGACCUUGGCGAAUGGAGAUCGUCUGACAAUGGCGCCAACCGUGAAAAUCAUAUUCGAGCCUCACAACAUAGACAACGCUUCGCCAGCAACGGUGUCACGCAACGGUAUGGUCUAUAUGAGUUCCUCUGGAUUGGAUUCGAGACCGAUUGUACAAGCUUGGCUAAAAAACCGUGCGCCCGGUGAGAAGUCCGUGUUCUGGAAUCUCUUUGAGCAGACAUUCGUGCAGGUCUACAAUUGGGGCACGCAAAACCUCAAGUUGCUGAUGUCGGUGCUGCAGUGCAAUAUAGUCGGCCAGAUGCUAUCGAUUCUGGAGGGUUUGGUGCCGGUUAAGAAGGAGGAAGAGCAGGCCGUUAGUAUGUCGAGUAAAGAAACUACCGACGCAGCAAGACUGGAUAGAGACAAAAUCUUAAGAAAAAGGAAUGAUGUAGUCGUAAAAGAGCAGCGUCGCAACUCCGCCAACAGCGGAGAUGGCGAUGAGCUUCCCGAGGAGCCAGUUGUUGAGGAGAAAGAAGAUACUUGCACACCCGAGCACCUGCAGCGUUUAUAUAUCUUCGCGUUGGCUUGGGGCCUCGGUGGAUAUCUCAGCGCCGCCGAUCGCAAACGGCUAGACCUAUACGUCAAAGAAGCCUUCCCUCAGCUGGACUACGCGCAGGGCACGCCUAAUGAAAAUAGUAUUUUUGAUUUCUUCGUUUCCGAAACGGGCACCUGGCAGGCAUGGAAGACACUGGUCACUCCUUAUAUGUAUCCUGAACUAUCUACGCCGGAUUUCCUGAAUAUACUGGUGCCUAUUGUUGACAAUGUACGCAUGGAUUACCUAAUUGCUACCAUAGCCAAUCAGGAACGUGCCGUUAUGUUGAUCGGCGAACAGGGUACCGGCAAAACUGUAAUAAUGAAGAAUUUUAUGAGGAAGAUGAACCCCGAGUCGUACAUGGGGCGUUCCUUUAAUUUUUCUUCCGCUACGAGCCCCUACCAAUUUCAGCGCACAAUCGAGAGCUAUGUGGAGAAACGAGUGGGCGUUACUUUUGGUCCACCGGGCGGUCGUAAGUUGAUCGUGUUUAUCGAUGAUGUCAACCUGCCGGAGAUCAAUGAGUGGGGCGAUCAAGUGACGAACGAGAUCGUGCGCCAGACCAUGGACAUGAAAGGCUUUUACAGCUUGGAGAAGCCGGGCGACUUUACAACAGUUGUGGACGUCCAGUAUGUUGCGGCGAUGGGUCUGCCCGGCGGAGGGCGUAAUGAUAUACCUUCGCGCUUGAAACGGCAGUUUUGUGUUUUUAAUUGUAAUAUUCCCGAUGACGAAUCAAUUGACAAAAUAUUCCGCGUGAUUGGUGAAGGUCAUUACAAUGCCAAGCGAGGGUUUGCCCCAGAGGUGCGCAGUUUAGUGAAGAAGCUGAUUGUUGUGACUCGCCACUUGUGGCAGUGUACGCGCGAAAAGCUGUUGCCCACACCCGCAAAAUUCCAUUAUGUUUUCAGUUUGCGCGACCUUUCGCGUAUCUGGCAAGGCAUGGUGGGCACUUUGUCCACUGUUAUAACGGCGGAUAGUGUGCUCAUGUCGUUGUGGAAGCACGAAUGCACACGCGUGUUUGCGGACCGUUUUACGACGUUUCAGGAUAAGGAGUGGUUCAGUUCGGAGUUGGCUUGUCUGGUGCGUGAGGAGCUUGGCGAGGCCUAUUCCCAGAUGAUUAUAUCGAACCCGGUGUUUGUCGAUUUCAUGCGUGAUGCACCUGAGCCGACGGGUGAGGAGGGAGAAGAUGCUGAUAUGGAGUUGCCGAAGGUCUACGAACCGGUGAAUUCUCAUGAAGUGCUCCGGGAGCGUCUCGUUAUGUUCCUCGCACAAUUCAAUGAAAUGGUACGAGGCUCUGGGAUGGAUCUGGUCUUCUUCCCAGAUGCAAUGUUGCAUUUGGUGAAGAUUUCUCGAAUCAUUCGGCAUCCGAGGGGAAAUGUCAUGCUUGUCGGGGUCGGUGGAUCGGGUAAACAAUCAUUGACAAAAUUGGCAUCAUUCAUAGCUGGCUACAAGACAUUCCAAAUUGCUUUGACGCGUUCGUACAAUGUGGCCAACUUCUUGGAGGACUUGAAAUUGUUAUAUCGCACCUGUGGUGUCCAAGGCAAAGGCACAACGUUCCUCUUCACCGACAUGGACAUUAAAGAAGAGGGCUUCCUUGAAUAUCUGAAUAAUAUAUUGUCAUCGGGUGUGAUAUCAAACCUAUUCUCGCGAGACGAACAGGCCGAAAUCGUACAAGAAUUAACUCCGGUAAUGAAACGAGAGAAUCAGCGAAAAACAGCGACCCCGGAAAGUGUGAUGGAGUUUUUCUUGGCCCGCACUUGCGCCAACCUGCAUGUUGCUUUUUGUUUCUCGCCGGUCGGUGAGACUUUCCGAUCGAGGGUGCAACGUUUUCCGGCACUAGUGUCCGGCUGCACUAUCGAUUGGUUCCAGCCGUGGCCAAAGGAUGCACUCGUCUCGGUGGCAAGACACUUUCUGAGUGACUUUGAAAUUGAGUGUACACCGGCCGUGAAGGAAGAGUUGGUGAACGCGCUCGGCUCAAUACAGGACAUAGUGGCCGAGACAUCGUUGGAGUAUUUUCAACGUUUUAGACGGGCUACGCACGUAACACCGAAGUCCUAUUUGAAUUUCAUUGCUGGCUACAAAAAUAUCUACCAGCAAAAGCAGAAAGAGUUGAGUGACGGCGUGGAAAAGAUGGACACCGGGUUGGAGAAGUUAAAAGAAGCAUCUGCCUCCGUAGAAAUACUGAAAAAGGACUUGGUCGUUAUGGAGGAGGAGCUAGUGGAGGCCUCGAAGAACGCCGAAUCAGUAUUGGUGGAAGUAACCGAAAGAGCAAUGCAGGCGGAAAUUGUAAAAAAUCAAGUUUUGAUUGUGAAAGACAAAGCUGAGGCGUUAGUAGCCUGUAUUGCACACGAAAAGGCACUUGCUGAGGAAAAGUUGGAGGCAGCCAAGCCGGCGCUGGAAGAGGCCGAAAUGGCGCUAAAUACCAUCAAGCCAGCGCAUAUUGCAACGGUGCGCAAGUUGGGCCGACCACCACAUCUGAUUAUGCGAAUUAUGGAUUGCGUUUUGAUUUUAUUCAAACGAAAGUUACAUCCCUGCAUACCUGAUUCUGGAACACCUUGUCCGAAGCCAUCCUGGCAGGAAUCGUUAAAGAUGAUGGCAAGUGCCACGUUUUUGCUACAACUACAAAACUAUCCGAAGGACACAAUAAACGAUGAAAUGAUCGACCUGUUGCAACCAUACUUUCGCAUGGAAGACUACAACAUGGACAUGGCGAGACGUGUAUGUGGCGACGUAGCUGGAUUGUUGUCCUGGACAAAAGCUAUGGGCUUCUUCCACAGCGUGAAUAAGGAAGUAUUGCCACUGAAGGCCAAUCUGACAAUGCAGGAGGCGCGCUUGAAGCUAGCCAUGGAUGAUCUAGCUGGCGCUGAAGAGCAAUUGCGUGAGCGUGAGGAGGCACUACAGGCUGUUAAAGACCAAUAUGACAAGGCUGUCGGUGAAAAACAACGACUCACUGAUGCCGCCAACGUAUGUUUGCGGAAAAUGACUGCAGCCACAGCUCUAAUAAAUGGACUCUCGGAUGAAAAGCAUCGCUGGACCAAUCAGAGCAAAGAGUUUAAGAUACAGCUGGGCAAAUUAGUUGGUGAUGUUUUAUUGGCGACAGGCUUUCUAUCGUACUGCGGCCCCUAUAAUCAGGAAUUCCGUGCGAAUUUGAUAAAAACCUGGAUGGGAAUUCUAAAGCACAAAAAUAUACCAUUCACAACAGGCUUGAACAUCAUCAAUAUGCUUGUCGAUUCGUCCACGGUGUCGGAGUGGACAUUGCAGGGCCUGCCAAAUGACGAAUUGUCGGUGCAGAAUGCCUUGAUUGCCACCAAAUCGAGCAGCUAUCCUCUGCUAGUGGAUCCGCAGACACAGGGCAAACUGUGGAUUAAGUCCAAGGAAGGCGACAAUGAACUGCAGAUCACAUCCUUAAAUCAUAAGUAUUUCCGAACACAUUUAGAAGACUCGCUGUCGCUUGGACGACCGUUGCUGAUUGAGGACGUCGGCACCGAGCUGGAUCCAGUGCUCGACAAUGUGUUGGAGAAGAACUUCAUCAAGUCGGGUAGUAUAGAGAAGGUCUUGGUGGGCGACAAGGAGUGCGAUGUAAUGCCGGGAUUUAUGCUAUACAUAACCACUAAAUUACCAAACCCGGCCUUUAGUCCGGAGAUCAGCGCCAAAACGUCUAUUAUUGAUUUUACCGUCACAAUGCGGGGUCUUGAAGAUCAACUAUUAGGACGAGUAAUUCUCAUGGAGAAGUCAGAUUUGGAGGCAGAGCGUGUAGCACUUUUCGAAACAGUCAUGACAAACCAACGCAAAAUGAAGGAAUUAGAGGCGAAUCUAUUAUAUCGCCUAAGUUCCUCCCAGGGCUCGUUGGUUGACGAUGAGGCCCUCAUUGAGGUACUGCGUGUGACGAAAACGACGUCUGAAGAGGUCAAUCAGAAGUUAAAGAUUUCCGAAGUGACAGAGCGUAAGAUAAUGAAGGCACGCGAGGAGUUCCGCGCAGUGGCCGCACGUGGUUCUGUACUUUAUUUCUUGAUUGUCGAAAUGAGUAACGUGAACGUUAUGUAUCAGAAUUCACUGAAACAAUUUCUGGUAAUCUUCAAUAACUCCAUUACAAAGUCAACCAAAUCAAACGUGACCGAGGAGCGCAUACUAAUUAUUCUGCGUUAUCUGACCUAUGAGGUCUACAAGUUCACCAAUCGAAGCUUAUAUGAGCGGCACAAGCAGCUGUUCACUCUGAUGCUGGCCAUAAAAAUAGACUACCAUAACGGUAAUGUGACACACGAGGAGUUCAUGUCAUUUGUCAAGGGCGGUGCUUCACUGGAUUUGAAUGCUGUAACUCCGAAACCGUUUCGCUGGAUCUUAGACAUCACCUGGCUGAAUUUGGUGGAAAUCAGCAAAUUGGAAACAUUCUCAAAUGUGUUGUCACUGAUCGAAGCAAAUGAAAAGGACUGGCGCUUUUGGUACGAAGCCGAAAAACCGGAAAACGAGGAAAUACCAUGCGGCUAUCAGGAUUCUCUGGACGGCUUCCGAAAGCUGUUGCUAGUGCGUUCAUGGUGUCCGGACCGUACAAUUGCACAGGCUAAGAAGUACAUAGAGGAGUCUCUAGGCCCGGAAUACAGCGAGAUGCAGAUAUUGGACCUCGAAGUUACUUGGGGAGAAUCAGAGCCCCGCACGCCAUUCGUUUGCCUGCUAUCAAUUGGUUCAGACCCCACCACACAAAUCGCAGCUCUGGCUAAGCAAAAGGGCAUACCUUUGAAAUCGGUAUCCAUGGGCCAGGGCCAGGAAUGCCAUGCACGCAAAAUGAUAAUGGACUCAAUGUCCGGCGGUGGCUGGGUGUUGUUGCAGAAUGUUCAUCUCUCAUUGCCGUUCUGUUCGGAGGUCAUUGAUAUGCUGGUGGAGACGGAACACAUCGACGAUACGUUCCGCAUGUGGGUGACCACUGAACCACAUGCAGAUUUUCCAAUAGGCUUACUCCAAAUGGCCAUUAAAUUCACCAAUGAGCCGCCGCAGGGCAUACGCGCCAGUCUAAAGCGCAGCUACCAGGCUUUCACGCAAGACUUCCUCGACUACACCGCCGCGUCGCAAUGGCCACCACUGCUGUACACAGUGGCAUUUCUGCACACCAUCGUGCAGGAGCGUAGGAAGUUCGGGCCGCUGGGUUGGAACAUACCGUAUGAGUUUAAUCAGGCGGACUUUGCGGCGAGCGUGCAAUUCAUACAGAAUCACUUGGACGAAAUGGAUCCGAAGAAGGGAGUCUCAUGGCAGACGCUGGUCUACAUGAUUGGAGAGGUGCAGUACGGUGGUCGCGUGACUGAUGAUUUUGAUAAGAGACUGUUGACCACAUUCACGGCGGUGUGGUUUUGUGAGGGACUCUUGAGCAACUCAUUCGAAUUCCACAAAGGAUACAAAGUGCCGAAUACGAAGAGUUUGCAAGGCUUUGUCGACUACAUAAACAGUUUGCCAGCUUAUGACACGCCAGAAGUUUUCGGCUUGCAUUCCAAUGCUGACAUCACGUAUCAAAUUAAUUCGGCUAAAGGUAUUUUGGACACUAUAUUGAGCGUACAACCGAAGGAGGGUGGUGGUGGUGGUGGAGAGUCACGCGAAAGCAUCGUCUAUCAGCUGGCGGACGACAUGCUGCGCAAGCUUCCGUCACAGUAUAAUGCUUACGAGGUGCGUGAGAACCUGAUGCGCAUGGGAAUUCUCCUGCCGAUGAACAUCUUUCUCAGGCAAGAGAUUGAUCGCAUGCAGAAAGUGAUUAAGAAGGUGUACACAUGCUUGUGCGACUUGAAAUUGGCAAUUGAUGGCACCAUUGUGAUGAGUCCAGCAUUGAAGGAGUCCUUGGAUGCCAUGUAUGAUGCACGCAUACCGGAGUCGUGGAUGAAGAUAUCUUGGGAAUCUACAACUCUGGGCUUUUGGUACACUGAGCUACUCGAACGAAAUGCACAAUUCCGAACUUGGAUAUCUACGGACCGACCCAAGGUCUUUUGGAUGACGGGAUUCUUUAAUCCUCAAGGAUUUUUAACUGCUAUGCGUCAAGAAGUCACACGCGCUCAUAAAGGUUGGGCCCUGGACUCCGUGGUGUUGCAAAAUCAAAUCACUCGCUACAACAAGGAAGACAUCUCCGAAUACCCCACCGAAGGUGUCUACGUGCAUGGCCUGUUCCUGGAAGGUGCUUCGCUAGAUCGACGCAGCGGAAAAUUAGUCGAGUCCAAAAUGAAAGUGCUCUACGAACAAAUGCCGGUUAUUUACAUCUAUGCUAUUAAUACAACUGCAGGCAAGGACCCAAAACUCUACGAAUGUCCUAUCUAUCGAAAACCGCAACGAACAGAUGCCAAAUACGUCGGUUCCAUUGACUUUGAAACGGAUUUCAAUCCGAAGCAUUGGACUUUGCGCGGCGUGGCGUUGCUAUGUGACAUCAAAUAAACGAAACAUUUCAAAGUUUUGGCGCUGGAAGAGAGGGCGUUCGCCGGGAACGGGAUGGUAAUGUUUACAGCCACGUGCUUCCUGUUUUCAUUUCAUUGUUUACGUGCGCAUGCAAUGUUUAUGGUUUGUAAG